CGGCGGCCGGCGCCGGAGGAAGCCCAGGGUCCUCCCUGGGGCCCCGGCUGGGCUGCGGACCGCCCCGCGCGUGUCUGUGUCGAGGCCCUUUGGCCGCUUUGGGCCGGGAUGGGUCGCUCGGGCGGCGGGGGCGGGGCCGAGAGGAGGGGUGGGGUCCCGGGUGGGGUCCUGGCUGCGGCGGAGGUGUUCGGAGUCCCCGGCUUCAGGGCUGAGGGACUAGCUGGCCGGUCCCUUCAGAGACGGGAGCCAGCCUGCGUGCGUCGUCCCCUGCUUUGAUGGGACGCCCGCGGUUUAGGGUGGGCAAGGCCGAGGCCCCGCCGUGGAGUCUUCUGGAGCCUCACCGUUUUGAGGGGCUUAUGUCCCGAAAGGAUGAAGAACUGCCUUCAGAGGGACUGGCUGUUCACACAAGAAGUCAGAGGAGGAGGGAGUGACCGCUGGGCUCCUGACUGCCAGGGCCCUGACUUGGAAACUAGACCCAAAACCAAAGUGUCAGCCAGGCAAGACAUAAUUGAAGAAAUACCCAAUAGUAUCCUGGUUGAAAAGCUCCUGUGGGAUAGUCUGUGGUAUUCUGAGAGUGAAGGUCCUGAGGGCCACUGGAGACGGAGUUGUGCGAGCCCAGAUAACCAUGUGGUACAGGAGGCCUUCAUGCCUGUGAAGACACCCGUUUGGGAACAGCAGCAGGAAAACGGGUUUCGGGAAAAUCUGAAUCUGAGCUCCAAUCUUCCAACUCAACCAGUGACUCCUGAUAGACAAGACUCCCACAUGUGGGGAACACACAGAAAAAGGGUAAAUCCAGACUCAAAGUUAAAAGCUCAACAGAAAACCUAUGAAAAAGAGAAACACUACAAAUGUCAGGAAUGUGGAAAGGCCUUUAGUCAUACCUCAGCACUCAUUGAACACCACCGAACGCAUACGGGAGAGAGACCUUAUGAAUGUCAUGAAUGUGGAAAAGGCUUUCGAAACAGCUCAGCACUUACCAAACAUCAGAGAAUCCACACUGGCGAGAAACCUUAUAAGUGCACUCAGUGUGGGAGAACCUUCAACCAAAUUGCCCCACUGAUCCAACACCAGAGAACUCACACAGGUGAGAAGCCCUAUGAAUGCAGUGAGUGUGGGAAGUCCUUCAGUUUUAGGUCAUCCUUCAGUCAACAUGAGCGGACUCACACGGGUGAGAAGCCCUAUGAAUGCAGCGAAUGUGGGAAAGCUUUCCGGCAAAGUAUCCACCUCACCCAGCACCUGCGGAUCCACACGGGGGAGAAACCUUAUCAUUGUGGAGAGUGUGGCAAGGCCUUCAGCCACAGUUCCUCCUUGACUAAACACCAGCGAAUACACACCGGGGAGAAACCCUAUGAGUGCCAUGAGUGUGGAAAAGCCUUCACUCAGAUCACACCACUGAUUCAGCAUCAGAGGACACAUACAGGAGAGAAGCCCUAUGAAUGCAGUGAGUGCGGGAAAGCCUUCAGCCAGAGCACACUGCUGACUGAGCAUCGGAGGAUUCACACAGGAGAGAAGCCCUAUGGAUGCAACGAGUGUGGGAAAACCUUCAGUCACAGCUCAUCCCUCAGCCAGCAUGAGCGGACGCAUACAGGAGAGAAGCCCUACGAGUGCAGUCAGUGCGGGAAGGCCUUCAGGCAGAGCACACACCUCACUCAGCAUCAGAGAAUCCACACAGGUGAGAAACCUUAUGAGUGUGGCGACUGUGGCAAGGCCUUCAGCCACAGCUCAUCCCUAACUAAACAUCAGCGAAUCCACACUGGGGAGAAGCCCUAUGAGUGUAAUGAAUGUGGCAGAGCCUUCAGCCAGCUUGCUCCACUCAUUCAGCAUCAGAGGAUCCACACAGGAGAAAAGCCCUAUGAAUGUAAUGAGUGUGGCAGAGCCUUCAGCCAGAGCUCCCUUCUCAUAGAACACCAGAGGAUUCACACCAAGGAAAAGCCCUAUGGGUGCAAUGAGUGUGGGAAAUCCUUCAGUCACAGCUCAUCACUUAGCCAGCAUGAAAGGACACAUACUGGGGAAAAGCCUUAUGAAUGUCAGGAUUGUGGAAAAUCCUUCAGACAGAGCACCCACCUUACUCAACACCGGAGGAUCCACACAGGAGAGAAGCCAUAUGAGUGCAGGGACUGUGGGAAAGCUUUCACACACAGCUCCUCCCUUACCAAGCACCAGAGAACUCAUACUGGAUAGACCCAUUCCACAUGUGCUGGGAGAUGGGAAAGCCUUAAGCUAUAGCUCAUCCCUUACUAGAAUUUACCCAG